AUGGAGAGCAUCGACAACUACUACGACGAAGGUGAUGACGAAGACAAUGAUGAUGACGGAAUGGUAGUCCAAAUGGUUGUUACUGUUGUUGUUCUAUUGUUUCUGUCCCCGUUAUUUGUUCGCCAAGGAUCUGCUGUAAUAUCAUGCCGAAAUCGCUAUGGAACGUUUAUUGCCUAUAAACUUCCAAAGAUCAGUGCUUAUGGCUCUUUGGCAUCUGGAGUCUCUUUAUAUUAUGCAGACAGCAAUUCGUUGGAUUGGGAAGACAUGGAAGAUAUCAGUUCUUCUGAUUCGGCAAUUGCAUCAACACUGGAACAGUAUUAUAGCAAAGUUGACGACGAUUUAGUAUGUUUUUCUGCAUUUAUCAUUUAUACAAACUACGAUUUCACCAACGGUAACAAAAGUUUACGUUCAUCUAAAUCUUUAAUCCAGCAAAUUACAUUUACUCCUGAACAGGACAUAUUUUAUUUAUUGUACAACGAUGAACAUCCGGAUGGUGGCAAAAAAGAUUUUAAACGUGGUCACGCUAAAGGUGUAGUUUUAUUUGAUGCAGAUACCGGCUUUUUCAUGGUCCACAGUGUUCCCAAUUUCCCUUCAGCGAACAGCUAUGAGUAUCCAGAGUCGGGAAUGCGAAAUGGUCAAUCAUUUUUAUGUAUCACGAUGAACUCAAAGUCUUUGACUGGUCUUGCUCAACAUCUUUACUAUAUUCAACCUUCGAUUUAUGCAUCGCAACUCCCAACAGAUUUUGCAAGUCUAUAUCCAACACUACAAAAAGUAAUUGCUAUGAAACCAUUUGAAAAAAGAACGUCUGUUUAUUACUCUCUGCAGAAAUUGCCUUCUGCUGGUGGAGUGCAGUUCAUUGGUUAUGGAAAAUAUAAGAAGUAUGGCAAAGAUCUUUACAGAGACCUUGUAGCUGUCUCACUUAAAGAAACGCUUUAUGUGGAGACAUGGUUGAAUGGACCGGGGGAUCUGGAAUCGUCGUGUGACACCAAAUAUAAGGUGUUCAAUGUAUUAUCUGUAAAUAUCGACAACUUCCCUUUCACGAAUAGUAAGGACCAUUCGAAGUGGGCCGUUACUGACGACAGAUACAAACCUUACAUCUGCAUUGGCGACAUAAAUCGACAGGUUUCGCAAACAAAGCGCAGUGGUGGGACAGUUUGCUUAAAAAACGGAGCUAUGUGGAAGCUUUUUAGAAACUCCAUUGAAAGAAUCGAAGAAUGCGGCAAACCUGCCAGAAAAAAUAGAAAAUAUUACAAGUACCAAAAAUUUUAA